GCCGUUUUAACCCUCCGUUCGCCCUACACUACUCUAUUAUCUUCUAAACCCUCGGCUUUGGUCCAUCCUAUUUAUCCUUAAUUCUUAAUUCUUUGCAUGUUCAAGCGCAACUUCCUCGCCCUGAGGUAUAUUUCCACUCUUCAUAUUUGCUAUGCCUUCUGCAAUUGCAAUUAAGCAAGUGCCUGGGAAGCCGGGCCAAGUCUACUAUCCUCUAGAGAAGAUUUCCAUUCCCACCCCUAAACCCUCAGAUAAUCAGGCCGUCAUAUCGAUUACAGCUGCUGCGCUAAACCACCGAGACCUCUUUAUCCGACAGCACCUCUACCCCGGCACCUCCUUCGGCAUACCCCUCCUUGCCGAUGGCGUCGGCGUUGUGACAUCUACGGGAUCAUCACCAGAAGCGAAGAAAUGGCUGGGCAAGCGCGUCAUUCUGAACCCAGGGACCGGUUGGAAGGAUGCCCCUGAGGGCCCUGAGCAUCCCAAGGGGUACCAGAUCAUGGGGGGGACUAAGAUGAAUCCCUUAGGAACAUUGGCAGAUGUGGUUUGCAUUGAUGUGGGGGAGUUGGAGGAAGCCCCUUCACACCUUAGCGAUGAGGAGUCAGCAGCUUUCCCCUUAACCGGACUAACUGCCUGGCGAGCGUUAUUUACAAAAAGCGGCAACGCGAAACCGGGUCACAAUAUCUUAAUCACAGGAAUUGGAGGAGGUGUGGCAUUGAUGGCAUUGAUGUUUGCAGUCGCUCAGGGUUGCAGCGUGUUUGUUACAAGUGGGAAUGAGGAAAAGAUUCAGAAAGCGAAGCAGUUGGGCGCAGCUGGUGGUGUGAACUAUAAGGAAGCGGGUUGGGAAAAGAAGCUCCAAGGGCUACUACCACCGGACAGGAAAUGGGUAGAUGCGAUUGUAGAUGGUGCGGGAGGCGAUGUAGUGCAGAAGGGAUCCAGGCUAUUGAAGGCCAGUGCGGGCGGGAUCAUCUCAGUCUAUGGGAUGACUAUCAGUCCAUCAAUGCCCUUCUUAAUGGGAGCAGUACUGAAAAACAUUGAGGUUCGAGGCUCCACUAUGGGCUCUAGGAAAGAGUUCUCCGACAUGGUCGAUUUUGUGCAAAAGAAGAAACUAAAACCAAUCGUCUCGAGGGUAGUCUAUGGCUUGGAUAUUGAGGCAAUCGAUGGUUUGUUUGACGAUAUGAAGAAAGCGAGCCAAUUUGGAAAGCUUGUUGUUGUACUCGAUAAGGGCCCCGAAUCUAGCAAGUUGUAG